GAAAUGGAGGGAAAGCUCUCAAUGGACAGUCAAAUUUUGGAGGAAGUAAUAAGAAGUGGUAAUAUCCCAUGCCACGGGAGAACAGGAAUGCUGUGUGCUGGUGGAGGGCUUUUACCACCUGCACUGCUCGACGAGUCGCGGGUUCCCAAAUUUUAUUUGGAUGCUCUUGUCGCAAGUGGUGGUACUUCAUCUACUGCUCUUCCGAAUACAGGGCUCGUGUACAAUUUAAUGGGUACAUCCGGACUCCCAAAAGACGUUCUCUCACAUAUCUGGUCCGCCGUAAACCGUGCAAAACCUGGCCAAUUAACUCGACCGGAAUUCUUCUCACUUCUGGCUCUUAUCGCUCUCGCACAAAAAGGAGAAUCUCUAGCAGCUCUUUGUGCAAUGGAUUCACUUCCAAUUCCAUAUCUGAAUCCAGUUCAAGCAUUUCCAACUGCUUCAAAUCCAGCGCCUACUACGAACACUUCUUCAUCAUUUGUUCCAUUUGGAAAAAUCAAACCAUCAGCGUUUAUUCCAACAUCGCUUCUUCCACGUCGAAGUAUGAGAAAGAAGAAAGAAUCUGAUUCAAAAGAAGUUUCAGCUCAUAACUCUCCAGCCAAGGGAGCUGCUCAUGAUUUAGCAGGACUUGAUUUUGGAAGUGAUAUAUCGAGUAUGAAAGAAGAAAUUAAAGAUAUUAAUGAGACACCCACUCAAUCAUGUUGGAGAGAAACUGUUCAUGCAAUCUAUAUAGUCGUAGAAGAAGCUAAUCAAUUAUUUAAAGAUUCUAAAAAAGAAGUGAUUCAAGAGAUUUCGGAGACAGAGAAGGGUUCCGCGUAUUUCAAAAGUUUAUCAAAAGCAUUUGAUACAUUGGAAAGAGUUUGUAAAUCAGCUGGAGUUCAAUUAUCAGUACAAUCUACCAAGGAAGCAGAAUACUGUAGAAACUUGCGACGAAAAUGGGAAACUUUUAUGGAUACCACACCGGAGCAAAAUGUAGAAAUGACUGAUGAUAGAAAAUGCGCAAUUUGCUGUCAACCUGUUCAAAAUCCGAUCGACUACGGUGGGCAAUGUUUCGAUGUGACAUGUGCAAACCUGUGGGUGAAUGGAGUCAGUUCAACGCUUCCGAGUCUUCAUCUAAAAUAGCUUCACCCUCUUUUAAAUCUAUUCCAUGUAAAUAUAAUGUCUUUCAAUUUUCCCAUUAGUGGUUGUGAACCUUUUCUUCUAGUCCUUCCCUUUUUUCAUCGAGCUUCAUCUUUUUUUUGGUUGUGAAUACUAUAAUUUCAGGUUUAUUAUCGUCCUAGCAAUUGUUUAUUAUCAUAAUUUUCAUUAUCAUAAUCAUUUUUCAAUUUUUUUUCAUCUCUAAUAAAAUUACGGUUCAAA